UAUUAGACUCUUCAAAUCAUUUGUAUACUUUCAAAUUUGAAUAUUGUUCAAUUCCACAUUUUUCGUUCCUACCCUGAAACCAUUUUUCAGCCACUAGUCAAUUCAAUUAUUUAGUCAUCAUGAAUUUUUAUUCAAGUCAAUUGAUCUCUGUAACCGUCUGAAUGGGCAAAACGCAUCUCUGGAUCAUCUAUCGCGUUCCGUGGUACGCUAGAUGGGGAGAGAGGCUGAGCUCGAAGACUUCGCGUCGAAGAGGAUCGCCGACCGUCACGCCACACAAUAAUGCAUGCUUUCCAAUCUCCCUCCUGGAUUGAUUCGCAUCUGUAAACAACAAUUCGCAUCGCAAUGUGUCACAUUUAAAAUGGCGUAGCUGCGGAUUGGGUUUUAACAGUUUUGCGACAAUUCCUAGAUAUUUAAGGUUUUUUAGACAGAUCAAUGCGCCUUUUUGCACGUAGAUUGAUCAUUAUAAUCGGACGCGCCUUUUGCGCGACGAUUUUGCAAAUAGUACGAUAUGCCGAAAAUCGAAACACUUCUCGUGUGUUGUGCCUUCAGUUCUUCAGACGAUUUUGUUUCGAAUAACGGAGUUUUCAAGUCUGACGGCGCCUUUUGCGCGUCAACUUGAUACCUUACGGUUCUGAGAGAAAGUGCGCCAUUUGCAGGCCGGCGCUCAACGCGUGGAAUUGAGGAACACGGAGGGAAUAGUGAUAGUGAAGAAUCUUGUAAGUAUUUAUGAAAUACAUCUAAAUUAUUCAAGAAUAUAUAAUGCUUUGUUGAUGGAUAUCAUGUUCUGUUUCAGGACAAAGAACUAAUUGUUUUUACAAAUACACUGCAAAAUACAGAAUGUUUAGUGAAACAUAAACAUACUUCUCCAAAAAAAAAAAAUUUCUUAACCACUAUGGUGGCACUUUGUGAUAACAAAUCUGCUGUAUCAUCCACUGCUUUUGCGACGCUGAACACGAUAGAGUACCAGUCGGUUUCUGACCUGCAUUUACCGUCCAGGAUAUCAAAAAAAAUUUAUUUCGGUUAGAGGACGCUACCAAAUGAAGGUCACGUCAAAUGGGAGUCUGCGCCUCAUAGAGCCCGUUGAGGGAACUCUUCAGAAACUAACAAUGAUCGAAAAAUGUAAGAAUCAACUCAAGGGCAUUUGAACAAUCUGUCGAACCCCUAGAAAUUAAUCCAACAUUCCCGAGAUACCCGUGAGACUUGAUUCGGGCCGAGUGACUCAUCCGGCAGGAUCGGGCUGUUUGGCCGGGGCGGAAGGACGGCAAGCCGUGAGCUGUCAGGGUUCGAUGAGUCGCGUGUCGCCUAGUGCUGGUUUCAGUGCCGUGGAGUGCGGAUUGGGAAUAAGUAUGCGGUGCGAUACACGAUGAUACGGAGAUUCGGAAGCGAGCCGUUGGCUCGAUGCCAUCGGGGUGAAGAACACGGAGGACCGGGACGGGGCCGACGACGACGGAGUUGCGUGUUCCACCCGCUACUCGCCAUCGCUGCGGCAAUAUUCUUGCCAAAUUUCGUCCUUUCCGGUCCCGUUUAUCCUCGAGGCACGACAUCCGAUAGCUUCAGAGGAAGAAAUUUCACAAGCUUAUCAGACGUCGGUGAACAUGGUGAUAAUGAUUUGCCAGUGUUUGAACCCACGGCUCCGGCCGUCAGCGCGUUGGAAGGACAAACCGUUUAUCUGCCCUGUCGAGUUAGAAAUCUCGGCGACAAAGUGGUCUCGUGGAUCAGGAUCAGGGAUCUCCAUAUUCUGACUUCCGCCGACGUGGCUUUCAGCUCGGACGCUCGAUUCGCCCCUCAACACACACCGGGAAGCGAUGCCUGGACCCUCAGGAUCGACAACGCCCGGCGUUCGGAUUCGGGGAGAUACGAAUGCCAGGUGAACACGGAGCCCAAGAUGAUGUACGCGGUUCAGCUCGCCGUCAGGGAUCCCGACAAACCGGAGGGACACGACGAGCCGUCUUCUCAGCAGACUCGCAUAAGACCUUCAGGUUACGAGAGUACGGCACCUCUGGCGGCCAUAAUGGGCCCCAGGGAGCAGAGGGUGUCUUCCGGGUCAACUAUCACCCUUAGGUGCGUCGUCACGUCGCCCUACCAGACGAGGCCCGUCAGAGGCGUGCAAUGGCUUCGGGACAACAAACUUCUAACAUUCCAGGCUGCCAGGGGCGGCAUCAUAGUGGAGACGGAAAAGGGGGCGGCUCAGACGGUUUCGGAGUUAACCUUGGCCGGCGUGACCCCAGCCGAUGGGGCCAGAUAUUCUUGUCGACCGACGGAAGGUCGUGCGGAUACGAUUCUCCUCGUCGUGGACGAAGGGGAAAAAACGGAGGCCAUGCAUCGUGACGGUAUGCGACAUGACGACAUGCAACGUGACGCCAGCUUCGCAGCUUCGGGAAGUCAAGGGACGCGAAUGUCUGACUGGCUUUUCAUAAACAUUGUCGCGUGGUUGACAAUUUCCAUAAAUGUGAAAACCUCUUAAUCGUUUCGAUAACUUCGGCAUUAUUCGACGUGAAGGUGGAAAAUGUCGCAUGGAAUGAAGAAUUAAUGGAAAGUGGUGGAAACGAAACUGGAUGGCGAGGCGUUCGUCCGUGACAAUUAGAAGACUAUCUGCCCUCUUUUCAAUCUCAGCUCAGGAGUUCCGUUCCGUUCUAGAUCCUCGUCCUAAAACCCCGGCUCGGCACGAGGGCGGAACCUGGACGAGCAGUGUAGGGAGGACAGGGAACAGCGGAGCAUGACGUAUGGGCGGAAGCAAAAAAUGGCUAAUAUCCCGUCCGUCACGACUGUCCGGCGAGCCCUGGUAGACCUUUCUGUCUUCAACCAACUCGAAACACGGCGAAACGGAAACGUUUCCUCAUUUCGCGACUCGGCGCACAAAAGCUAGCCUCGGCUAACGACGCAUCUUAUAAGUGCCGCAGAGGAUCUCUGUCUUCUUUAUGGACGAACAACAGACAUUGAAGGUGCCGGUGACAGGAUGGGAAGAAAACUCGCGACUCCUUCAAGCGUUCGUAGAUCUUUUCACCUCUUUUAAAGAAGACAUGUCAUCGCCAGACAACGAGGAGUUGUCACAGUUAGCAUUGAAACUGCUUCUACCAUGGGGGUACUGGCUAGCCUGGAGUCCGUAAAGGGGAUUCUUUCUGGCAGAGAUGUCACACGAAAACGACGGCUCUGUGAUUGGCCAAGCGCCUGUCCGACCAGUCAGCCAAUGAUUCUGAUCGAUGCGCUGGCGAUGCUGACUAGUCAACGCUGGAUCGACUUUGUAUGAGAUGAAUGCGAGUGUCAGUUCAUUCUGUUGUUAGUAUUCCUGCUGAAUGUAGCGAAGUGAAGCCAAGUUUUGCAAUAAUUAUGAACUCUGAUAACAAUAUUCCGCAAUCUGCGUAUGGUAACAAUCGAAACGUGAAGUCUAUCGAAUCCCUGCAUCGAUUUGUGCUAUCAUCAGGCUGAAAUUAUCGCCACGCCAGCAGGUGAUGAAUAAACACUUCAUAUUUUGAAUCGUUGAUUUCACUGUGUUUUUUGUUUAUCAAUAAAAGAUGGAAAUAUUUGAUGAUAUGUUUAUUUUGAAUGUUUGAAUUGUGUUUAUGUCGAUUCUGUUACCAGUAUGAAAUAUGAAUAUGUCUGUGUCCUGGUUACAAAUGAACGCAAUGUAAUCUAGUAUAAUGUUAAAUCUAUAACCUAGUAACUAAAAUUACAAUAGAUCCGAUAGUUACAUCCUGUAAAUUAUCUGUAGAUUUUUUACACAGUUAAGUCAAUUUGUCCCUUGAGAUUUUUAGUAUAAAUUUUGACGAUCUAAAAGAAUGCUGAAAUUGAUUCCUUCAUGCGCUACAUUUAUGUGGUUUGUAAGGGAAAUCGAUUGGGCGCAGUCCGAAUAAGCUGCGAGCAACAGAUGAGGAGUCACAAUUGGAAGACGAGAAAAUUUUACAGUAUUUUUCCAGCUGUUAGUCAAACGCUGUUCUAGAUGUCAUCUCCUCAGUUCCACAGAUUCAAUUGGUCUAAUGAGAGUCGUAUAGAUCGAUUAGAGACGCGAAGAUUUCUGGACUCGGGAAUCGCAAAAAAAAGCAAAACUAAUCCCUUCGAACAAGGGAUCAGAAGUUACGGCCAGAUACAUAAAAUUUGCAGACCGUUCUCAGAAAGAUUAGGGAAAAAAAUCUCAGAUUUACAGCUAUCACAGUACAGCUGUUUAUUUGAUACGUCUUAAUUCUAGUACAAGUGUUCGGGUGUCAGUGUAUAGUAAUUCAACAUGUUACCAGAUAAUAUGAAAGUCUAGUACAAGAAUGAAUACGAAACUAUAAUAAAACAUUGUACACUAAUUUUAAUCAGUAUGACAUGACAUGGAAAUGCUAUGUAAAAUAUAUUAAGCAAAAUAUAAAUAAUAUUAUAUCGAACGGACAUUGUCUUACUCAAUAAUUAAUUUUUAAGUUCUAGUUAAAGUCCAAGCGCUGCGCACCUCUGCAUGUUACGAUAUACGACUUAUGAAGGUGUAUUAUUAUUCUGAAUUGUUACACAGAAUUUCAUUGAAUAAAUACUUGGAAUUUCCCAUA